GUCAUUAAGUAAUGAAAGUAAUGUAUCCCGUGGGAGGCGGGCGACUAGUUUUGUUGUGCGUUUUCUUUGCUUCAGGCGUGCCAGCGACGCUUGCUCACUCAGCCGCAAAGUCUUCCAACAGAAAGUAUGAAUCAGAGCAACUACAGCUGUGCUACAAUGCGGUGUAUAACACUACGCCGACCACGUUUAGUUCAUUCAUGGCGAGCAAGCCUGUCAACCUAAUCAUUUCGCGGGUAUGGUGGUCGGAGCGCGAGCCGGUGCUACCCCUCACCGUGUUCAGCACGGCGACGCUGGACCGCCUGCAUCACCUGGAAGCGCUGUGCCGUAUGCUGCCCGGCGCCGCGGUGUCGGGUGCGGUGUUCCUGCCGCUGGUCCAGCGCAAGGGCGGCGCGCUCGCCGGGGCAAACGCGGAUCUGCUCAGGGCCGCACAGAAGCGGCUGCAGGACCUGCACGACCGCCUGGAAUGGGGCCGCGACAGCACCGGCAGUAGCACCACCGGCAGUAGCGCCACCCGCACCAUCGGCAUUGACGGGGCCGGCGCCACAGCCGUCUGCAGCCUGCACCUGGUGCUGCUGACAGAGGUGACGUCGGACCCGGGGCUGGCGGCGCUGGUGCCCAUCAACAGCCUGCGCAACGUGGCGCUGCUGGCGGCGCGCACGCCGCUGGUGGCCAUGAUUGACGUGGACCUGGCGCCCUGCGAGGGGCUGGCGGGGCGGCUGCUGCGGGACGUGAGCAGGGUGCAGGGGCUGCAGGCGGAGCGGGACGCCAUGUGGGUGCUGCCGGCGUGGGAGUCCAGCCCGCAACUGGCGCAGGCGGAGGCGGAGGCGGUGGUGCAGGCGGCGCGGACGGGCGACAAGCCGCGGCUGGCUGCGCUGUGGUCCAGCCACCGCAUCCGCACCUUCUCAGAGGACGUGUACGCGCGCGGCCACAACGCCACCGACUUCAGCAGGUGGCUACGCAGCCCCAAGCCGUAUGUGGUGCAGUACGAGACCGGGUACGAGCCGUGGGGCAUCGUGGCCAGGGAGCACUACCUGCAGUGGCCCUUUGAUGAGCGCUUCCGCGGCUGCUUCCGGGACAAGGUCACCCAGGUGGCGUCGCUGGCCCGCAGCGCCCGCCUUCGCUUCACGGUGCUGCCGGACGCCUGGCUCAUCCACCAGCCGCACCUGAGCUCGGCAGCGGCGCAAAUCGCAUUCAACCGCACCAACAUCACCGCGGGCGGGGGCGGCGGGCGGGGCGGCGGGGCAGCAGGCACAGGGGCGCUGGAGGCGGCGGCGGCAGCUCGGGCGCCCGCCGACAAGUUGGCGGAGGCCUCGCAGGCGCACGUGCGCGCGCUGCAGAAGAUGGUGCGCUACCGCGGCCUCAACACCACCAAGUUCACGCUGCACAAGGCGCACUCCAUGCUGACAUCGGACGGCGCCUACGCGGCUAUGGCGGCCGGCGCCUACAAGCCAGCCGUGGGCGGGCAGUGGCGCGCCUGCGCGGGCGCCCUGCCGUGGCUGCAGCAGCAGGGGGGCGCGGGUUGGAGCGGCGGCAGUGGUGGUAGAGGUGAUGGUGGCGCUGGCAGCGGCGGGUGGCGCGGCGCGCAUAGACGGCGAGGGCGAUUGAGAGGAUGAGCGGUUCGGCUGCCGCGUGUAUGCGCUGGGCUGGUGUGCUGUGGCACGGCACCAGUACGUACAUGACCCAUGACUGGCUGUGUGUGAUAUGUGGUGGCCUGGUGGGGGCUGCGCUCGCUGUUGUGCUGCUGUGCUGCCGUCCUGUCCCUCCCAAGCUUCGGUACAGCUGUGAUAUCAUGCGGCAACCUGUGUAAAAAGGACGCAGCUGGCGUGA